AUGUGGGCGUGGAUGUUUGUCUCUGUACCUUUCUGUCAUGCUGAAGUCCCAGAGACAUUCUCUUUGCUGGUUCCUGAUGGUCCAGUCUCAGCCAAGUUGGGAUCCUCUGUGGUUUUGUCCUGUAGUCUCUCUCCUUCCUUCAGUGCUGUGGAGCUGGAGGUGCGCUGGCACAGGCCCAAUAAAUUCAACACCCCAGUUUUAUUGUACAAGGAUCAGAAGAUCCAGGAGAGUCCUGUACACCCUCAGUACAGGGACAGAGUGUCUCUGAUAGGGAGUCUGGAGGAGGGGAAUGUGUCUCUGAAACUGGAGAACAUCACACUGUCAGACAGAGGAGAUUAUGACUGUCAUGUCAGUAGUGUAACUUGGUAUGACAAGGGUGUAACAUCACUCACUGUAAAUGUACUAGGCUCUGAACCAGUCCUCUCAUUCACUGAGACAGCACAGGGAAAUUUAAAUGUGACCUGUGUGUCAGAUGGUUGGUCACCAGCGCCCACAGUAACCUGGAGAGACAGAAAAGAGAAAGAGAUCAACAAGAAUAGUGAUGUGAUUUACAGUAAAGAUAGUGAGGAUCUGGUGAGUGUGAGUUCUUGGCUGCUCUUCUCUCCCUCUGAGUCAGAGUGGAUCUCCUGCUCUGUCAGUUUAUCUGAUCAGGAGAAGAGAGAGGGCAGGGUGCUGCCACUCAGAUCAAAAAUAUCAAACUCUGCAACGCAACCAACAAUACUGGAGCCAACAGCAUCAAAACCUUCAUGGAGAGCAUUUACUGUCAUGCUGGUCAUCAGUCUGUUGUCCAUCAGUGUCUUAUUCAUCCUCUUGUUCAUUUUAUACAAGAAGAGAGAUCCUCAGAAACCAGUGGGCACAGAACCAGCAGUACCUGAGGAGGGGAAAGAGAAGGAGAGGAGGAGAAGUGCUGUGGAGCUGGAGGUGAGCUGGUACAGGCCCAGUAAAUUCAACACCCUAGUUUUAUUGUACAAGGAUCUGAAGAUCCAGGAGAGUUCUGUAGACCCUCAGUACAGGGAAAGAGUGUCUCUGAUAGGGAGUCUGGAGGAGGGGAAUGUGUCUCAGAAACUGGAGAACAUCACACAGUCAAACAGAGGAGAAUAUGAGAGCUAUGUCAGUCGUGGAACUUGGUAUGACAAGGGUACAACAUCACUCUCUGUAAAUGAUAGUGAUGAUCUGCCGGAGGUGUGUUGGUAUAGGCCCAAUAAAUUCCACACUCCAACUCAGUUAAACAAUGAGACACAGAUCCAGCAGACUCCUGCAGAAACUCAGGCAGGGAGUCUCUGA